AUGGCUAAGAAACUGCUAGCAGCGACCACCUGUCCAAUUUGCCUAGAAUAUUUCUCAUAUCCCGUCUCCCUCUCCUGUGCACAUGUCAUGUGCUUAGAAUGUUUUGAAAACUGCAAUUCAGAAGGAGAGGAUGUCUGCCCCAUCUCUCGCUCAGUCAACGAGACGCCGUGUGUGGAAGAGUGGAAAAUCAGAGAUCUGACCUAUCACUUCAGGCAGCACGGUCCUGUCCUGAGGCUGCAUCUGCACCUCAGUGAAGAGCUGAGGUUCCAGGAGGAUGUGACCCUGGACGCAGCGACCGCCCACUCCCUCCUUGUGCUCUCCAGCGAUCUGAGGAGCGUCCAGUGUGGGAAGCCCUCCCACCACGUGCUGGAAGACCCCAGCAGGUUCACUCACCUGGUCUGCGUCCUGGGCACCCCGUGCUUCUCCUGGGGCCGCCAUUACUGGGAGGUGGAAGUAGGAGAAGCCAGGGAGUGGGCCCUGGGUGUCUGCCAGGAGUCAGUCGACAGGAAGUGGAAGGGUGAUUUAACCGCCGACCAGGGUUUCUGGAUCAUCUGCAAGAAGGCAGGACUCAUUCACCCCUGCUCUGUCCCAGAUGUAAUCGUUCCUGCAAGCCCUGGUCUUCACCGUGUAGGAGUUUUCCUGGAUGUGGAUUUGGGAGAGAUCAAGUUUUUUGAUGUUGGAAAUAACGCUCUCAUCUACAUGCACAGGUUCCUCUCCACCUUCGAGUCUCUGCGUCCGUUCUUCUGUCCGGAACUUCCAAGAGAAGGGGCCACUGGUGCCCCACUGAGCAUCUGCCUAGAACGUCCAGCCCAUCUGCAAUCUCUCAAGUGA